UCAGGCAGACUUUGUCUUGGGGUUGGACCCAGAGGGGAUCCUCCUGGCUGGACCCCUCCUCAGGGAACUGAGGCUUUAGCUAUGAUCAGAGCAGACAUUUUUAGGGGUUCACAAGGAUAUCAGGAUGGGGGUAGUAGGUUGGUAAGCAGACUGAGGACCAGAAUUUGUUCCUUUAGUCUUGAGGUGCAAAACAGAUCAAUGUCUCAUUGACAUCUGCUCCGGUGGCUUAGUUAACCAUUGUUGCGUCUGUCUGGAACAGCUCUGGUUCCCUAGAGUCGGAUCUUCCUCUGUGGCUCCCUUAGGAGCAGCUGUCAACAGAUCCAAGACUAAAGGGGCCCCAAGAUUCAGACUGUUCCAGUCUACUCUGGGUUUUCCAGCUAUUUUUCUUGGCCAGAGGAUCACACCCACAGGGAUGCGGAUAGGCAGCAGGAAGCGAGAGAACAGGAAAGUCAGAUGAACUGGAGAGGAGGCAGAUGCUAGGGAAUGAGAAAAGUAGCCACCAGUGGCCAAACACCUGAGAGAGAACAGGGCAUCUUUUCAAGUGCAGGCUGUGCUGGGCACGGUAAGGUCUUAGCAGGUAAUCCCUCUUUCCCCUGAAGACCAAGAAUCAGUCACUGCGGACCACCUCCUUCUAGGGCUAGGCUGAAGCCUAGGCACACAGCGGCUAUCAUCUGGACCAGGGAUCAUGUCUAACAAGGGCUGGUGGGUGCCACCUGAGGGUGAAGACAACCUGACUGAGAAGUUCCUAAGGAAGACCAGGGAGUCUCCAUUGGUGCCUAUAGGUGUAGGAGGCUGCCUGGUGGUAGCAGCGUAUAGGAUUUACCGGCUGAAGGCUCGAGGUUCCACCAAGUUGUCCAUACAUCUGAUUCACACCCGAGUGGCAGCACAGGCAUGUGCUGUGGGCGCAAUCAUGCUCGGUGCCAUGUACACCAUGUACAGAGAUUACAUCAAAAGGGUGUCAGAGGACCCCGAGAAGUCGGACUCCUGAGGCGGCAGGAUGGCCCAAUUCCCCAGCUGUCUCUGUAAGCAUCUAAUAAAACGAUGUUGAAGAAAA